AGACCCUCCUUCCUUUCUGUCCCCUUUGGGAGGCAAGGGUCGCGGGACCUUCUGUGCCUUCUAGCCUGACGCAGGCACUCGCAUGUAACAGGCUCGACUAACGGCCUCAGGGUGUCUGGCGGGACUUGAAAUUCUCCCUCGAUGAAGUCCCAGCUUCUGCGGCCACUCCCCAACUGGGGCCCCUGGCUGAGUCCCGGAAUAGGGGAGGAAGCGAAGCGGCUUAGCCACCUGAGGCGGCGGGGACGCUGCUCCCAUCCUCCCUCCAACGUGGCCUAUUUUGCUCCCCCAGGCCUCUGCUGAAGGGGGCCACUAGCCUGGCCAGCCCCAGCCGUGGUCCCUCGGGUCACCCUACCCUACGAACCCUUCCCAAACACCAUUCCAGAAAUCUCACUCUUGGCUGACAGGAGCCCUGGAUCCCUGACCGAACCAGGCAGAUUGAGCUCCUCUGCAGCAGUGAAGGAAAACCCACUGCCAUUUCUGAUGGAGAGGCCCCACGUAACUGCUCAGUCUUCCGUCCCCUAGCUUCCUUGGGCUGGAGCUUGCUGACAUUGUGGUGGCGCUCCUUGCCAAUCUGGAGACCCCAAACCAGAGUUACCUCCAGUGUCCGUGCUAGCAAGCUUAGCACUGAAUUCUUUUCUUAUUAGUGAAAACUCCCCGAGUGAUGGGUGAGACGUUCUCCCAGUUGGGUUCUCGGGAGGAUGAGAACAAGUCGAUGCUGCCCCCCAGCCCAGCCAUGGGCAGCAAGGCUGCCUGCCACUCCAGCAUCCGAUGCAGCAAGGCUUUCUGUUCCUGCCUGCCUCGUGAAGGAACUGCCGGUGCCAGCUUUGUGACUUGUCCCACCUGCCAAGGCAGAGGGGAGAUCCCCACAGAGCUAGAGAAGCAGCUAGUGGCCCUCAUCCCCUAUGGGGACCAGAGGCUGAAGCCCAGGCACACGAAGCUCUUCGUGUUCCUGGCGGUGCUUACCUGCCUUGUGACCUCCUCCCUCAUCCUCUUUUUCCUGUUUCCCCGGCCCACCUCCGUGCAGCCCGCAGGCCUCAACUCCUCCACAGUGGCCUUUGAUGCGUCUCAUAUCAACAUCACCAUAACGAAUAUCUUAAACAUCUCCAAUAGUAACUACUACCCCGUCACCGUGACCCAGCUGACCAUUGAAGUGCUACAUCUGUCCCUCGUGGUGGGGCAGGUCUCCAAGAACCUCCUCCUACACAUCGGACCUUUGGCCAGUAAACAGAUGUUUUAUGCGGUGGCCACCGAGAUAGGGGAUGAAAACACCUACAAAAUCUGUUCCUGGAUGAAAAUCAAAGUCCACCAUGUACUUCUGCACAUCCAGGGCACCCUGACCUGCUCCUACCUGAGCCAUUCAGAGCAGCUAGUCUUCCAGAGCUAUGAAUAUGUGGACUGCCGGGGAAACACGUCAGUGCCCCACCAGCUGGCCCCUCACCCGCCAUGACCUGUCUGCUGCCCCCAAACUCCAGGCCGCUGCCAGCCUAGGCUGUGUCUCCCAGCGCCCAAGGAAGGACUCCAGUGACUUUGCCAAAGGGAAAGCCCUGCUUUAUUAAACCUCGCUCCCCACAUGCACUCAGCACAGGAAGCUCUCGGUGGAAGUUAACUUUACACACACGGGCACACGCAUCCCCUGAUUUACACACACACACAAAGAAGUUUGGUUCUUCUAGGAGUUUUCCCCUUGGUCUGUCCUGAGGAAAGUCUGACCUGAUGUUCUUCAGAGCUGCCAGAGCCCCUGGAGUGGCGCCUGCCCUUUCGGGGCUGAGCACCUUGGUUGCCUAACUUCUCGAGGGCUGGCUUUCCUCCAGCCUGGAUGAAGAAAGCUUUCAUUUUAUCUGGCUCUUAAAACAUGGAUCUUUUUCAAGCUCUCCACCCAGGGAUGGGACUGUGACUUGAGGACCUCCAUGCUGUCUCGUGCCACCCUGCUUUGGUCAUGUGACAAAGGGAUGGUGAUGGUCUGCUUCUCUCCUGGUAACUUGUCCCCUGCCGGCAAGAUUGGCCAAGGCCCUUUGGCCCCGCAUCCUCCCUGGUUAAGGACUGUUCCAGUUCCUAGGAAGACAGGGCCCUUCUCAGGCUAAAGCUUCUCCCCGCCCACAAAAUAGAUUUAUUAUUCUCGUCACAGCAGGAGCCAAAGUAGUAGGGGAGGGGAGGAGGCACCCCCUCCGCCUGUCCAGGAAAAACCCUAUGCAGGAAAAACGGAGAGGAGGAGACAGAAUCAUCCGAUAAGGUGUCUAUUGAAGGAAAGCUGCUUUCUGGCUGGUGGUGCGACCACAAUCCUGAGUCCAUGUGAGGACACAGAGAGGUCGAAUGGUGGUCCCAGCUGCUCCCCCGGGGGAACCUGCAGAGGCGAACCUAUCCUGAGUCUCAGGGUCCAGCCACGCUGCUGGGCCCUGCAGCUUCCCCGGCUUAGCCCCAGGGCCCAUCCUGCACACCCAGAGGCCUUGGCCUCUGCUCCCUCCCCCGCCCACUCCGGGUAUUGACACUAUGGAGCUGUAAAUCAGUAGGGACCGGCCUUGACCUCUCUCUUUGCUGUCGCUCAGAUGAAGCUAAGUCCCGGAUAACCCGGAUAACAGGCUCCAAGCAGAGGCUGUUUUGUAGCUGAGCCGGAAUGAUAAUUGCUCACUAACGGUGGCUGUGGUUUUCCUCAGGCAGGGACAUGAACUUAGGUGGUGGGGAAAGUGAAUGUGAAGCUGGAUGGCCGGAGAGGCAGGAAGUGUCACAGCACCCGGCUAGUUAGCUGGGGCGCGGCAUCGAGAAGGUGCUGGCUGGAGCACAGAAGUCCAGAAAGGCCAGGCCAGUUUCUGCUGUGUGUAAGGUUUACAUUGUGUUCAAUAAACUGUAUUUGCCGGUGUUA